AUGGCAGCCCUCUCACAAGGACUAAGAGAUGAUGAGUUUUUCCGAGCUUUAGCGCUGGAACCUUCGCCUGAUUUUGAUAAUCUCCUAGAGAGGGCAUCUAGGUUCAUUAACUUAGAAGAAGCCCGCCAGCAGAAAGUGGAAGAGUCUCACCAAGCCGCGAACGCACGAGUUAACGAAGUAAAGAGAGGUAAGGAGCCCGUGUUACCUCGAAGAGAUGCCAAUACCCCCAGUCGGGGUACUGCCCCGGAUGCUAAGGGAUCUCGAUACCAAUCCUAUCAGCCCCUUACAGCCCCUUUGUCCCAUGUGUUGUGCGCAAUUGAGAAAAGAGUUGAUCUGCGAUGGCCUCGGACCGCUCGCGAAGCCCCCCGCCGAGAUCCGGCACUGGGUACCUUUUGUCGUUUUCAUAACGAAUACGGGCAUACGACCGAUGAUUGCGCACAUCUGAAAGACGAAGUGGAACGUCUCAUCAGAGACAACAAGAUUGGAGAUUUUGUGAAGAUAGAUCCACCUCGGGGACAAAAGCGUGAAGCUCAGUUUGGAAAUCCAGCACGAGUACCGCCCCCACCGCCAAUGCCGAAAAGAGGAUACAUCCAGAUGAUCUCAGGGGGCCCUACGGGAGGAGAUACCCACCGGGCCAGGAGACGCCAUCUCGGUAGUCUUAAGAACAAUCAUGAAGUUUGCCAAAUCUCCACACCGAAGUGUCGUCAAUACCCCACUAUAUCGUUUGGUCCUGAAGAUGAAGUGGAUCUGGAUGAUUUCCAUUGCGACCCUCUCCUCAUCACGAUUAACGUUGGAGGGUAUGACGUCGCUCGCGCCUUCGUCGAUCCAGGAAGUUCAGUGGAUGUCAUAUCCUACGAGUGCUUCCUGCAAAUGGAGCUCGACCUCCCAGUCUUCCCCGUCACCACCCCGAUAUUCGGGUUCACGGGGGGAUCCCUGACGCCGAUUGGACAAGUUAAAAUCCCUGUCACUAUAGGAACACCACCUCGAACUCGCACGCAAACUGUCAAUUUUGUCAUCGUUGAAGGAUCGCCGACCUCGUACAACAUCGUAGUAGGACGACCAAUGAUGCAUACCUUCCGGGCGGUCCCUUCGACCAUUCAUCAAAAGCUCAAGUUCCCAGUCGAUGGGAUGGUAGGAGAGGUCAGAGGUGAUCAAGCCCAGUCGAGAUCAUGUUAUGUCGAAAUGGUUAAGAUAGCGGAGAAAGGGCGACGCGAUACCCUCACCAAAGAAGAUUUAGGAGACGAGAAACGCCCCCGAAUUAACCCAGAGGAUAAGGUUAAUCAUGUACAACCCAUGGACGAAUUGAUGACGAUCGACCUCGUCCCCGGUAUGAUGAAACAAACCCGGAUAAGCAAGGAUUUAGAACCACCUCUCCGAGACGAGCUGAUAACGUUAUUACGAUCUAAUGAAGACAUCUUCGCGUGGCAACCAAGUGACUUAACCGGUAUAUCACCUCGUACUGCUGUGCACAGGCUCAAUUUGCGACCUGAGUGCAGGCCCGUCAAGCAAAAACGGCGACACUUCGGUACUGAAAAAGACGAAAUCAUACAAAAAGAAGUUCAUCGACUUCUGGAAAUCGGGCAUAUCAGGGAAAUUCAAUUCCCCACAUGGCUGUCCAACGCAGUGUUAGUGCAGAAAGCCAACGGCCAGUGGCGGAUGUGUAUCGACUUCAGGGACUUAAACAAGGCUUGCCCAAAGGACGAUUAUCCCUUACCUCGCAUAGACCAGCUUGUGGAUGCCACCGCCGGAUGCGAACUACUUAGUAUGAUGGAUGCUUCACAGGGAUACCAUCAGAUUCCGCUAGACGAAAAGGAUCAGCCAGCAGUGAGUUUUGUCACCGCCACGGGUACCUACUGUUACGUGGUAAUGCCUUUCGGUUUGAAAAAUGCAGGGGCCACGUAUCAGCGAUUGAUGGAUAGAAUGUUUCGGGCUCAACUCGGACGUAACAUUGAAGUCUACGUUGAUGACAUUCUAGUUAAAAGCAAAAGGCGUUCCACGCACCUCGCAGAUCUAGCUGAGACCUUUGCCACCCUUCGUCUAUACGGAAUGAAAUUGAACCCCGCGAAGUGUGCAUUUGCAGUACAAGCUGGAAAGUUCCUGGGAUAUGUUGUUAAUCGAGAAGGUAUUAAGGUAAACCAAGAUAAGGUCGAGGCCGUACUCCAAAUGACACCCCCUCGUUCCAUCAAAGAAGUCCAAUCCUUAGCAGGGAAGGUUGUGGCCCUAGCUCGGUUUAUAUCACGGAUGGCGGAUAAAAGUCUACCUUUCUUUAAAAUAUUGAGGAAAACGGCUCAGUUCGAAUGGACUGCCGAAUGCCAGCUCGCGUUUGACGCAUUAAAACGAUCGCUUACUUGUCUGCCCAUCCUCAGCACCCCCGAAAAAGGUGAAACUCUGUUCGUAUAUUCAUCGGUCGGCGAUGAAUCGAUCAGCUCGGUCCUAUUCAAAGAAAUAAAUAACCAACAAAGGCCGAUCUAUUACACUAGCAAAAUCCUCACCACUUCGGAAAGUAAAUAUUCCGAAGUCGAAAAAAUAGCGUACGCGUUGGUCCUCACUACGCGACGACUUCGGCCUUAUUUCUUAUCGCAUACCACGGUAAUCCCGCACGAGCCUACCGCUUCGACAAACUCUAGGCCAGCCUACUGCAUCAGGACGGAUUGUGAAAUGGCCAUCGAGUUAGGACAAUAUGAAAUUCAGUACCAACCCCGUACUUCGGUCAAAGGGCAGGCAUUGGUAGACUUCAUCCGGGAGACUACCAGAAUACCUAUCGAAAAGGAGUGGAAAAUUUACGUGGAUGGUUCAUCUACAACAACAGGAGCAGGGGCAGGGAUAAUAGUCAUUGAUCCCACAGGAACGGAAGUCGAGUUUGCCGUUAGAUUACCUCGAGUUUCCAAUAACGAAGCAGAGUACGAAGCCUUCAUCCGAGGUAUGGAGAUCGCUCAAGAGCUCGGAGCGCGAGUGGUGCGAAUAUACUCUGACUCUCAAUUGGUGAUACACCAACUCGAAGGGGACUACGAAGUAAAAAAUGAUAGAAUGAAGGGGUAUGUAAAUAAAGCUCGAGCAGUGCAGGAAACCUUCGAAGCUUGUACCGUGCAUCAGGUCCCAAGGAAUGACAACCAGCGAGCUGACUUCCUCGCUAAAAUUGGAUCGUCAGUCGUCGAUUGUAUUGAAAGAAAGAUCACUAUCCUUAUUGCCCCUACCCCAACACCGGGAAUCAUGAUGAUCGAUGAAGAGCCCGACUGGAGAACACCUUUGUUCAAUUAUUUCAGAGGAAAGCGAACUGGCACCAAGAGAGAACAACACCGCUUGGCAUAUAAAGCAAGACACUUUUACGUACGACACGAAAUAUUAUAUAAAAGGAGCUUCACCACAAUAGAUGCGAGGUGUUUGGGAAAGCAGGAGGCGAAACAUGUUCUGGAUGAAGUACAUCGAGGUGGUUGUGGUGAACACGGAGGAGCUCGGGCCUUAUACAGAAAUUACAUCGGGCCGGAUAUUACUGGCCUGGCAUGA